GUGGGAACUCUCAGUUGAGUUUUGAACUUCAACAGGUGUUGAAUACGCGCUAGACUAGAAAGCGAUCCCACGAUCAAUCGACUCGCGAUCAAAAACCAAUAUUUGGAUUACCCCGCUUCACUUUGAGAAAAGUUGUCUGCAAGCAGACCGCUCAUAAGUUUGCCCAUCUACAGGAAAAUGAGUCGCCAGUCGACUUGCAGGCUAGUCCUGCUGCUAGCCUUUACCCUGGCACUCAUCCACGCCAGCCACUCAAAUACCGUGGGCCCCAAGAUCCACUUCAUUCAUGACGAUCUGACGGAAAACGAGCUGAACUCCGGAGAGGAUGUGAGCCCGGCCGAGAGUCUGCCCAAGAUCUCCACCCCCAAGGUAAAGGAUUUACCCGUGGAAACGACCACCAAGAGCCCCACAAAGAAAACAACGUCCGCCGGCACCGAGAAGUCCCUCAGCGAGGAGGCCCUCAAGGAUCUGAUGGAGGCGGCCAAGCACAGCCAGGCUUUGGCUGAUGAUCCGCACUUCAACAAGAUGCUCAAUACCACCGUCACCGCCGGGGAGAAGAACUCCACCGAUACCGACGAUAGCGAAUACUAUGCGUACGAUGAUGAUUACAACUAUUUCGAUGAGGAGACGGACACGACCUCCACCAGUCCCAAGAAGGCAAAGAGCAACCCCAAGCUGCAGCCCAUUGUGGAUGCCACCAUCUCGAAGUCCAAGAUCAAGACCAACGACCAAAAGACCAAAGAGAGCACUAACGAUAUCGACAGCGACUCUCAAUAUGAUUACGACGAGAACCUGGAUGAUGAUGAUGACGAGGACGAUGACGCUGACGACCUUUUGACCGAUGAUGAGGAAGUCGUCUUCAGCGAGGACGUGCCUUGUCCUAGAUUCUGCCAGUGUGCCCGGAAUGUUAAUAGCUAUCUGGUGGCCACCUGCAGCAGACUUGACAUGGGCAUUCAGAAGUUUGGCUCUGACAUUACGGAUUUGGUUGUGACCAAUGUGGGUCCUAAGUACCCCAUCCUGAUGGGACCCAACUUCUUCCAGAAUCUGGGUCUUAAGAACGUGGCUUCUAUUAAGAUCGCCAACUGCACCUUGGAGUACCUGCACGCCGAGGCCUUCCACGGACUGAACGAGCUGUACGCUGUUAACUUGACGGAUGUUGGUUUGGCCAUCAUCAAUCCCGAUACCUUUGUUGGAAACAAGAAACUGCGUAUGCUGACCAUUUCGGGUAACGACUUGAGUGUGAUGUCCAGCAUUCACUAUCUUCUGAAGUCUUCCAGCAUUGAGGAGCUGGACUUCUCGCGCAACAAUCUUAUGGAGUUGAAUCCCAAGGCCUUCUCCCAGCUAUCCAAUGUCGUCUACAUCAACUUGAGCCAGAACAGUCUCAAGAAACUGCCCGAGAAGGCCUUUGAGAAGGUUACUCUUCUGGAAGAAUUGGAUCUGUCUUACAACUCGCUGACUGAACUGCCCCGCGAUAUCUUCAAUGGCACCACCCUGUCCAUACUGCACCUGAAGUACAAUACCUUCAAUGGCGAUCUGCACUUUGGCACCAAGGAUCUGCAGCAGCUGGACUUGAGCUUUAACUCGAUUGUCCAAGUGCACCACAGCAUGUUCGACAAGAUGCCCGGUCUGACCAACCUGAACCUCAAGGGCAAUGGCAUUAAGAAGAUUCAACCGGACUCGUUCCUUACUUUGAAGAACCUGCGCCACAUCGAUUUGUCGAUCAACGAUCUGGACCAGAUCUCGGGAAUGCUGUUCUUUAAGAACUCUGAGUUGGAUGUGAUCCGUUUGAACGACAAUCCUCGCCUGAGUCAGUUGCCCACCGAUGGCUUCCUGAGCUACAGUGGUGAGUUCACCGUCUACUACCUGGAUAUUUCCAAUUGCGCCAUCGGUCCACUGGGACACAAGGCCUUCUCAACAAUGCCGCAUUUGACCACCUUGAAGUUGGCCUGGAAUAACAUUAAUCAUUUGCCGCGCGAGAUUUUCACUGGACUGCACAAGCUGAUUGACUUGGAUCUGAGCAACAACCUGAUCACCCGCAUGGACGAUCUGAUCUUCAUGGACAACGGAGAGCUGACUAAGCUCAGUAUGGCUGGAAAUCCCUUUAGCCGCUUGUCCGUCCGGCUCUUCCUGCCGCUGCACCAACUACGAUCCCUGGACGUCAAUGACUGCGAGCUUACCACCCUGCUCUCCGAUCGCGACUUGGGUGUGGGUUACAAAAUCUUUGACAGCCUGCGCAGCUUCAACGCCUCUGGAAAUUUGAUCAAGAAGAUCUCUUCCGAGGAUGUAAAGAGCUUCAAGAACCUGCGCUCCCUGGAUAUCACCAACAAUCCGUUGAAGUGCACUCGCGACUUCCAGGAGUUCAUCAGCUACGUCACUCUGCAGAUGCAGAUGACUCCCAGGCGUCUGCCCGUGCUGGCUAAUCUGGAGGACGAUGCCACCAUUGUCCAGCUGGAGACUCAGGCUCAGGCCGGUUGGUCGUCUUUGGCCCACGAGGUGUGCAAGCAUGCCGAAGGAUCAGAUCUCUUGGACGAAAAGAAGGCCGACAGUGCCGAAGCCAAACUAGAGAAGCGUCUGAAGGAAAGCGAGAAGAAACUGGACGAGGAUGAGGCUAAAUUGCUGAGUGUCCUGGACAAGAGUGUGCUGGACAAGAGCAGGCUGAGCAGUAUGCAGAAGAUCAUGAAGGGAUCAGUCAAUACUGAGACCGCGAAGCCUGAGGAAGAUGCUGAGGAAGAGAACCUGAACAAUGGCGGCGAGGAUAAGGAGGAGGACAGCAGUGACUAUGACAGUGAGGAGGAUGAUGACGAUGAUGAGGACGAUGAUGACGACAACAACGAUGAUGAUCGCUUCCAGGAGGCCAAGAAGAAUGCCAAGGCCAAGGCCGAUGCCAACACAUUCGUGAACACGGAAACGAAGCCAGUCGUGUGGACCGAUAUUAUCCGCGCGGAGGAAGUAGACAUGUCUCAGGAGAAACGUGAUAAAUUCCUGCUGGAGAAACUGGGCUUCGACAGCGAAAGCGAGGAGUCGGAUGAGUACACCGAGAAGAUGAUCUUCCACGGCGAACUAUCCUACGACCUGGUGGUCCCACUGAUCGUCGUAUCCUUCUGCCUGCUGAUGAUUGUGCUGUCCAUCGCCCGAGUGAUCUACGUGGUGCUGCGCAAGCGCGGCGAGCGCUAUCGCAUGGCGCUGCUGGCCUCAAAGAACUCGUUCGUAUACCAGAAGUUGAGCGAGGACAUCGUGAAGCCAACCAGCAAGGAGCAGAAGGAGCCCAAGCAUCUGAAGCAGCCAAAGGUGCACCGAUACGCGCCCAUCAAUCAGGUCUAAGUCCACCUAGAAUCAGCAGUUCCGGGCCGGUGGCCGCGGAAGUCGAACGAGUUGCGCUGUUUUUCUAAUUUAUAAGUAUAUUGAUAGUUGAAAAAGUGGAAAAUCACAUCAGACAAUUGACUACACACAAGCACAAGAAUGUAAGAAAUAGGAGAAGGAACAGUAGGUGGCAGUUAAAAGUAUUAGCGAAAGUGCGAGGAAACAAAGCAACAACUAAAAAAUACUUGAAUCCAAAUAAGAGAUUGAAAGAGAGAGAAUAAAUCUUUGACAAAAUCCUUUAUCCUUGAAAUAUCCUGUACCAUCUAAUACUGUUAAGACCAGUCAAAGGUCCUUGGCAACAGCAGAGGUGGGUUUUCAGAGAACGCGUUUGAUUAGCAACCGUUUCGAAAGCAACGGCCUUGCAAUUUAUCAAACCUCUGUCCACAACCUAUAUCCAAUUAAUCCAUAUCCGGGAACAACUUGAAGAUUUAGUGCCAUUUUGCCAAAAUUCAAACCGAGCGAAAAUUACUUAAACACAUUAAGGUUUCUAAACUGAGCAUCAAGUCAGGAACAAGAAACGAGAAGCGAAGAACAGAAAGUAGUAAGAGUUUUAGAUGUGGGUCUGUGUAGCAAACGGCUAGGAGACUCCCUAGAAUGACGUCUGAUUUUUAAUCUGAUCAAGAGAUGAGAGAAAUAAUUAAUGCGUAAACUAUGUUAAGACUUUUUUAUUAUCUUUUUUCCAAUCGAAGGCAAGUAACCCCUUGACCUAUUCGACAUUGAAACCAAUUCCGAAAACAAUAAAUUAUUUUAACCAAA